AUGGCGGCGAAGCCGACUUCCUCCGCCGUCUCCCCCUCCGCCGCCGCCACCCAGAAGCUCCAGGCCCAGAAGAAUCGUCAGAUCGAGCACCAGGAGAAGCGAAUAGACGAGGUCCUAUCCUACCCGAUCAUCCUCGCCGACCAGAUCUCCCACGCCGUCCUCGACUCCGACUCCUUCAAGCUCGAGUGCUCCGAGGUCGGCAAGCAAGUCGACCGCCUCUCCCAGAUGCUCCGCUCCGCCGCCCGACUCGCCGCCCCCGGCCCCUCCGCUCCCCCCUUCUACGACCGCCCCCUCCGCCGCAUCCUCGCCGAUGUCUCCAGCAAUCUCGAGAAAACCCUAACCUUGGUCAAGAAGUGCCGCCGCCGCAGCGCCCUCCGCCGCGUCGUCACCAUCGUCACCGCUGCCGACUUCCGCAAGCUCCUCCUCCUCCUCGAGUCCUCCGCCGCCGACAUGCGCUGGGUCCUCAGCAUCUACGAGUCCGGCGGCGGAGCUGCCGGCGGCAUCGUCCUCAGCCUUCCUCCCAUCGCCAGCAACGACCCCAUCAUCUCCUGGGUCUGGUCCUUCAUCGCCUCCCUCCACUCCGGCCAGCUUGCCGACAAAAUCGAAGCCGCCAACGAGCUCGCCUCCCUCGCCAGAGACAACGACCGCAACAAACAGAUCAUUGUCGAGGAAGGUGGGAUUUUACCACUUUUAAAACUCCUCAAAGACAGUUCCUCCAUUGAUGCCCAAAUUGCAGCUGCUUCAGCCCUCUUCAACCUCGCCAACGAUGAAGAACGCGUCCGAUGGAUUAUCGACGAAUUAGGCAUCCCAAUUAUCGUCCAUGUCUUGGGAGACUCCCCAAUGAAGGUCCAAAUUAGGGUUGCAAAUUUAGUCGCUAAAAUGGCCGAGCACUGUCCACUCGCAAAAGAGGAUUUUGCUCGGGAAAACGUGAUUCGACCUCUCGUCACGCAUUUAUCAUUCGGUUUAUUCAUGGAUGACCCCAAACUCAAACUGGGCAAACACAGCAUUCACUCGAUCGUCCAAAUCAACAAAGAAAUGGAGAAAAAGCACGUGUACAAUCCCGGGUUCGCUUCUUCUUCUUUGUCCAUGCAUUAUCCAGAAGGGAGCAAUAACAAAGGAAGUAGCUAUAGAAAGGACCGGGAGAAUGAAAAGCCCGAUGUCAAACUCAAGCUCAAAGUAAGUUGUGCCGAGGCCCUAUGGAUGCUCGCCAAGGGCAGCGUGCAGAAUAGCCGGAGAAUAACCGAGACAAAGGGUUUGCUCUGUCUGGCUAAGUUAGUCGAAACUGAAGAAGGUGAAUUGCAGUACAAUUGCUUGAUGACGAUUAUGGAAAUAACAGCAGCUGCCGAAUCUAAUGCUGACCUCCGACGAGCGGCUUUCAAGACGAACUCUCCGGCAGCCAAGGCCGUGGUUGACCAGCUGCUUAGGGUUAUUAAACAGUCGGAUGAUGUCAGAAUGCAGUCAGCAGCUAUUCGUGCCGUUGGAUGCCUGGCCCGAACGUUCCCAGCCCAUGAGACAAGGGUUAUUGGGCCUUUGGUCGAGCUGUUGGGCCACAGGAGCCAAGAUGUGGCAGCUGAGGCUGCGGGUUCGCUCGGCAAAUUCGCCUGCCCCGACAAUUUCCUCUGCGUGGAGCAUUGCAAGACGAUUAUCGAGUUUGGUGGGGUCCCACCAUUGAUGAGGCUGUUGAGGGGGAACGAGAAGGCCCAGCUUAACGGGCUGGUGCUCACCUGCUAUCUAGCAAUCCAUGCCGGGAAGAGUGAGCAUUUGGAGCGGGCUGGCGUUUUGGGGGCUUUCGAAGGGGUCGAUCGAGCUUUCAUAGCCCAACACCCGGAGCUGAGGGAUUUGAUUUCGCAGGCCGUGAUUCAGUUGAGCGUGUUUCAUCAGUCGCAUUCGGGCCUCCUGGGCCAGAGGCAUUCGGGCCUGCUUGUGGCUCAGAGGCAGUUUUGA